AUGGCUUAUAGUGACGAAAACUCAAGCCAUAAUGGCACCGUUUUAAUCGGAACAAUAGAGCCUUAUGUAGUUGGUUCAUCUUUUUUAAAUUAUGCUGAAAGACUUGACUAUUUGUUCCAAGUUAAUGGCAUUACUGACGCUGCCAGACAGAAGGCUCCUUUCGUAACUUUGAGUGGGCCUGCUGUAUAUGAAGAACUUAAGCUUCUGUAUCCUUCAUCGGAAGAUCUUAAGUUAGUUUCUUAUGCUGAUAUUUCUAAAAAACUUAGAGGGCGCUUUGAUAGGGUUGAGUCAGACCUUAUUCAAAGAUACAAAUUCUAUAAUAGAGUGCAAGGACCUAACGAAAGGGCAGAGGACUUUGUGCUUGCGGUGAAACUGCAAGCCGAGUUCUGUGCCUUUGGUGAUUUUCGGGAAACGGCUAUCCGCGAUAAAUUGGUCAUGGGAGUUGCCGAUGGAAAACUCCAAGAAAAGCUCUUGAACGAGGACAAUCUCAGUUUGGCAAUGGCAGAGAAGAUGAUUGUCAACUGGGAGUUGGCUGGUUCUCGGGCUAGAAUGAUCAAUGAUCGUCAGGGUGGCCAAACUGCAUCCGUUAAAAGCCGUUUAGGUCGGAGAGAUUUACAUGAUAGGAAUAUGAGUCAUAGUAGAAGCAGAAGUCGUAGUAAUGUUCAUAAACGGAGGUGGCAAAGCAGGAGUACGGAACGGAAGCGGACUGGGCGUUAUGCGGAUUUAGUCUGUGACUUUUGUGGCAUUAAGGGCCACAUCAAGAGGUCUUGUUUUAAGCGUAAAAGAAUGCAGAAGAAUUCUGUGGAAUUUAUAGACGACAAAAAGGACCUGAGUUUCGGUGACGACAAAAUAGCUGAUUUGUUUGAGCGGCUAAAAGCGGGCAUAAAUGACACGGACAGUGAUAGUGAUUCAGGUAUCUGUUGGAAACGUGGUCGUCACGGCGCAUCGUAA